AUGAUUGCCAUAUUUGCAAAUGCUGAGAUUUGCUGCAUUCAUGUGAUUGAUACAUUCAUGGCCGCUCGCAAUUGCGUUCACACUUUCAAGCGCAUAAAAUCCUCCCACGUCCCACCACCUUUGGCUUUCUUGGUCCAGACGGCUCGCAACCGCCCACGUUAUUUCAAACACCUUCCAGCCUCACACAUUUCUACUCGCACACACACAUGCUCAUCUUCUUCCACUAUAUCUCUAUUCCCUUUCUCUUUUUCAGAAUCUCACGAAGCCAUAAUUAAUAUGUAUAUUAGUGACCAAAUGCUGUUGCAGUGUCCUCCUAGGCCCUUGCCCAUGGAGAGAAAAUGGAAACCUCAGGUCGAAGUUGCUCCCAAUUGUCCUCGUUGUGCCUCUUCCAACACCAAAUUCUGUUAUUACAAUAACUACAGCUUGUCUCAGCCUAGGUACUUUUGUAAAGGUUGUCGACGGUAUUGGACUAAAGGUGGCUCUCUAAGGAAUGUUCCUGUCGGUGGUGGUUGUCGGAAAACUCGCAGAGCUAAGCCCGUUAGAGUCUCGCAGAAUGAUGGUAGAAUUAAUGGGUCGAGUGAAAAAUCAAUGGUUCAAGAAAGUGGAACCACUGGGUCGUCUUCUGAAAUAGAUCUUGCUGUUGUUUUCGCUAAGUUCUUGAAUCAAGACUCGAGUUUUCAUCCUGAAUUUAAAGCUCAAGAAUUGCCUAAUGAGACCAGUACUGUAAAAAAUUCUUCAACACCUGAUAGUGCUGCGAUUGAAUGCGAUGACAAGUUCACAGAUCUGAUACAAGAAUCUGAUUUAUUACUUGAAGAGCUACCUCCAGUUCUUGUAAGAGAUCACAAGCAACAAGAAGGUCAAGAAAGAAUUCAGGAACUCAUAGAAAGUCAAGAUAUGGAUGCAUUUGGAUUGCAAACUUUGCUUGGAGAAGAAGUAGUGCAAGAUGCUUUGUGGUCUGAAGCUGCGACCUUGCCAAACGUUACGUGGGAAACUGCACAACCACAACAGGAAUUUUGGUCAUUCUCAGUGGAUGAUCAGCUAAAGUUUUCUGCCAAUCUUAUGAGCGAUAAUGCUUGGAGUUCUUUUGAUUUCUCUGGGUUUGAGGUUCCUUCAAGACCUUCACGUAUACUAUAAAUUUACAGGAUUUUUGUUAUUGUCCUUCUUAAAGGAAUUGAGCUUGAUGUUUUACUGUUAAUUUCCCAAGAAAAAAAUUAAAAAGAA